GAGUUAGUGAAACUAAAGAAAUGAAACUAAAAAAUCAAAUAAAUCUUUUCAGAUUAUAUAUGUAUAUAUACAUAGUACAAUGUAAAAUGCUGAUCAUAUAAUCAUUUACUUCCUGGAUGCGUGUUUUUUUGUUUUUUUUCUUGUUCUGAGUUGUGCUUCCUCUGUGGUUGCUUUAAAGAUGCUGUCAUAACGUCACACUGGAUCACUAUAGACCUGCUCACAGAGGAGAAUACCAUUUGAGUUCACCAUGGAUAACUCAUAUAUACUGGAUGGAGAUCUCCUUAAUGGAUGGGAUGAGUUAUAUGACAACGGGACAUAUGACAACUUAACUGGCGACUGCUGUGAUGGAGGUGAUAUAUGCGACCUCCAAGAGGGCAUUCAAUUUGAGGCGAUGUUCAUCCCCAUUCUAUACUGGGUGGCCUUUGUUGUGGGUAUCCUGGGGAAUGGUGUGCUCCUGGGAGUUCUGUUUCGGAGCAGGAAGAAAUGGAGUGUGACAGACACCUUCAUCCUCCAUCUGGGUGUGGCAGAUAUUCUGUUGCUCCUGACGCUGCCCUUGUGGGCUGCACAGUCUGCUCAAAAGAAAGGAUGGACCUUUGGCACUCCUCUCUGCAUGAUCACUGGAUCUAUGUUUACGAUCAACUUCUACUGUGGGAUCUUUCUCCUGGCCUGCAUCAGUCUGGACCGCUACAUGUCCAUCGUCCACGCUACCCAGAUGUACUCCCGCAAGAAGUCCUGGGUCGUCCAAGUCAGUUGCUUGGGAGUUUGGUUCUUCUCCCUGCUUCUGUCUGUCCCUGACUGGAUCUUUUUGGAGGCUGUGGAGGAUGAAAGACGAGGCAUAACAGAGUGUAUUCGCAACUACAUCAAGUUUACCACUAUGGAAGAUGGAAAGCAGGUACUCAGUGACUGGCGGCUGGCAUCACGCUCAAUCUACCACUUAGCGGGUUUCCUCCUGCCUUCAGCUGUCCUGAUCUUCUGCUACUCCCGCAUCCUGUGGCAGCUGCGGUGCGGCACCCAGGGCCUGGAAAAGCAGAAAGCUUUCAGGGUCAUCAUAACUGUGGUGGUGGUUUUCUUUCUCUGCUGGACACCAUACAACAUCACACUCAUGGUGGACACACUUCAUUCCGGCAACAGCAGCGAAACCUGUGGAGUCAGAUCAUCUCUGGAGAAAGCCAAGGCAAUCACCUCCUCCGUGGGUUACCUCCACUGCAGCCUCAAUCCAAUCCUGUAUGCCUUUGUGGGUGUGAAGUUCCGGCGUCAGCUCCUGGACAUCCUGAGGUCUCUGGCCUGCAAGAAGACAAGUGCCAAAUUCCAAUCUGCUGUCAGCAGGAGAAGCUCUAUUUGGUCUGAGUCUAGGGACACCUCCAACUCCAUUGCUGUCUGAGAAAGAGAUACAACCCUGGACAAAGUGACUUAAACUGACAUAAUACAGAGACAUUUUUUAAGCUUUAUUUGACAAAUACCUUAGAAGAGUGAUAGGAAAGUGGGGGACGAGUGGGCCCUGGGCACACACUCUACCUACUGAAAUUAACUGGCACCCCAAAGCUGUGUACUUUCUGUAUAUUUCCUGUGUUUUAUGACUCAUAACAACCUGUGCUUUCUUUCAAUUUCC